CCGUGAGUCUGUUUACCUCUUUAGUCAAUCGCCAGACGAUGAUGGUGGUACGGUUUCGAUAGCCUGUAACCAAAUAAAAAUUGUGUUUAUGCUUCUUCUAAAAUGCUGUUGUGUGACAUAUAGAAAUAUUUGGAAAUACUGAAUUGGAACAUAUGGAUUUCAAACUCGACAACGGAAGACGCCGAUGAGCUAGAUAAUGCAAUCUCAGCCAAGGAAUGGACCAAUCUGAGCAUCAAAUGAAGCUUUCUGACUAUAAGAUUUUCAGGAGUUGUACCAGCGAUUGCAUUACUUGAUGAGGAUUUGGAGUCGGAUUUUUUCCUUUGCUAACAGGGCGUUGAAUGUCCCUUUUGCGUUAUUCAUCGGAGCCUUGCUGACUAAAGCUGUUAUUUUAACUAAGCCUACUCGCUGGUUGAGUUAGCUAGACAGGCAAGCUUGUUAAGGUUUAAUUCCCGAUGUUUGGGCCCUGCUGUCGGCUUGUAUGUUGACACGUAGCCCAGGAGAGAGAGUUUCGCCUGGUUUGGGCUCCUACGCGACAGCAAGGAUUGUAUUUUGCACUGGAAAACUGGAAUCAGAUUGUGAGCUAAGCUAACUAACGAUAUAACAGAAUCUGGCCCUUAGCUAUUUUAUUAGCUUUUUAUCGGGGCACGUUUAGUAAAACGUCACAUCUAUACAUCAACUUUUUAAAAAAUUAACAGGCAAUCAAAUUAUUUUGGCUAUACUAAAACCUGUCCUGGAGCAAUGCCUAGCUAGCUGGAUAGCUAACACUAACAUGCAAGACUGGGUUUGUUUUGCAGAAGUAGCAGACGCUAAAUAGUUGCCUUGUAAAAGAGGUUUGCAUUGGGGACUGUUUGUAUUUGAUGUAUGCACUUUAGGUAUUAUUGCGUAACGCUAUUUGUGAUGUAUUUUUGUUUUUCAAUCAGUCACAUUGCGAGCCAAACUUCUCUUAGCUAUCUUGUAUCAGUGGAGAACUACUUUUGAUGGCAUUGUUACUAGCUAGCGGUUAGCUAGCAAGGUAACAAGGUAACCUUUUUUAAACAACAAAAAGAAAAACCACUUUACUGUGAUUAACAACUACGAUUUUACUAAGUUGUGAUUGUUUCAUAGAAGGUCUGAGUAGCUAGCCUAGCUAAAGCUAUGUUUGAUACGUUUUGAUACGUCUAACGACACUGGCAUUUUUGGACAAGAGUAGCUUUAUAGUUGCUUAGCUAAUGUCACAGAAUUAAAAGUAGAAUCAGAAGGAAAUGUUGAAUAUUGUGUCAUUGCACCAGCCAUGAGGCAUUAAAGUGUCUGGACAAGAACAUAGCUAGCUAGCUAACUGGCUUAGAUCACUGCUGCGGCUCUCACACCUCGGUUUAUUACAUCAUAAUAGGUAAUGUGGACUUUUUAAGGACCAUUGUUGCGUCUGAUAACCCGUUCAGAAAAGGUGUUCUUCAGCUGAAUGAACAGAUACUGAAACGAACACUAAAGAGAUGAUCCAACACUGAACAUAUUUCACUAGACACACUAGUGGAAGAGCUGCUGAGGUUCCUGAGCCAUGAAUGUCCGGCCUCCAGCAUCUACUCUGGACAGGACAGCGGUUAAGAAACCGACUGAUCUGUCCAGGCUGAGCAGCUUUACAGUAGGAGACUUUGAGCGCAAGACUUCUCUUGGCCAGCAGAGGGAGCCUCUCGCAGAUCUCCCCACUGAGGCUGCAGGUCUGGUGCAGAGAUGCGUGGUGGUGCAGAGGGACAGCUUGGGCUUUGGUUUCACUGUGUGUGGAGAAAGGAUCAAACUUGUGCAGAAUGUUCGUCCAGGCGGAGCAGCAGUGAAGGCUGGGGUGCAUGAGGGAGAUCGCAUCAUCAAGGUCAACGGCUCGCUAGUGUCGUCCAUGUCACAUCAGGAAGUAGUGAAGAUGAUCAAAUCUGGGACGUACGUGGCACUGACGCUGCAGGGCCCACCUCCUUCAGUUGCCUACGUCCCCCUUCAGCCCCUCACGGACGUCUUGUCCAAUCAGAGCACAUCAUUAGGGGGUGAAGCUCCGCCUCCCCCACCGCCACCUCUACCGCCUACAGGAAUUGAUACCCCCACACAAAGAAUUACCGGCCCCAAACCACUGCAGGAUCCAGAGGUCCAAAAACACGCAGCGCAGAUCCUCCGAAAGAUGCUGGAGCAAGAGGAGGCGGAACUGCAGGACCUACUGGAAGAGCAGUCUCGAAACCCUUCCCCCUCCUUGGAGGAGAGGAUAGAAAGUGCCAAACGACGGGCUAACCAAGUCCGAGUGAAAUUUCAUCAAGAUCUUGAUGGAACACACUCUGAAUCAGUGGUCAACUAUGUGAUUGCUGGUGAAGGUCGAUUGUCUAUAGACUCAGGCGAAGGGGAGUUUGAAGCAUGCGAGAGCCCUUUCUCCUCUCCUUCCUCAUUGUUCAGGACCCCACGGCACCACAGACACAGCUCCGACACACACGCUGUCGACUCGGGAAGCAAAGCACAUAUAAUUGGUCCAGAGGAAGAAGAGGAAGAGGAUGAUUGCUAUACAAUCAAUGAAAUGGAUGGCCCAUUUCAGGACAUUGAACUGCUAAAAAGCCGUCCAGCACACAUGGCUGUCUUUAUGAGAUAUAUAUUCAGUCAGCUCCUGGACCCUAACCCACUGCUGUUCUAUCUGUCUGUGGAGGCAUAUCUGGGCUCGAGCCCCAAAGAUGCCCGAACCCUCGCUCCACAGAUCUGCUCCCACUUCCUGGACCCAGACGCUCCUCUGAAGAUUAAAGUCAGAGACGAGUAUCUGUCAGAUAUCGAGAGCCGCCUCCAUGCUCAGGAGGACAUUAGGGGCCCGCUCUCGGAACUCCAGCAGCAGGUGCUGCCAGAGAUCCAGGACCAAAUCCAGGACUACAGAAAUAAACAGCUGAUGGGUCUGGGUUCGCUGUUUGGGGAGAGUGAUCUUCAGCAGCUGGAUGGAGACCCUGCGAAAGAACGGCAGGUGGUCGACAGGCAGGUCGCUGCACUGUGGGAACUGCUCUCAAAGCACGAAGAGGAGAAAAGUUCCCUGCUUGCCUCGACCGUGCACCUGUACCUACGCCACACUGGCAUCAAGCUGAGAGACUCGAAGGUUUUCCCAGGCCUGAGCACAGAGAAGGAGAAGUGGCUAGCGUUCUUCCCCAAGACCAAGAAGCCUCUGAGCGGCAUGAAGAAGGAGAAGGAUGGAGACGAUAAGAAGAGAAAUCCAAUCCUGAAGUACAUUGGCAAGCCCAGGAGUGUGUCCCAGUCCACGUUCCAUGUCCCGUUAUCCCCUACGGAAGUGCGUUCAGGCAGUGUGAGGAACAUUAUUCAGCACUUUGAGAACCAUACAGAUUCUGUUGGUGAGGAGGGAGAGAAAGAGGGACAGAGACUCUCAACUGGCAGCCUCGGAGAUGACAGCAUGGACAGUCCUACAGUGUCUGUGCGUUUGGCUCGUAGUGAAUCUUUGAAGGCGCAGGGGGAGGGACGUCGCCGUGGAGGUGCAGCAGGGGUGGAGACUGUCCCGCGUUCCCGUAGUGAUGUUGACAUGGAAGACUGUGAUGAGAGGGAGAGCACGGGACUCCGCCCAUUACAUCACAGUGCUUCUUCCUCCGCCUCAAGCAGCUCUGCAAGGUCACUGGAGAAUCCAACACCACCUUAUACACCUCGCUCCAGACGCAGGAGUAUCGAUACACCACUGGCGUUGUUGCCUGAUGCACCUCCUUUGGAAGAGGACACGGUCGACUGUCAGAACUGGCAGGAGACAGUGGAGCCGCACACACUCGCCUCUCUCAGCUCCCGGGAGAUUGAACGGCAGGCUGUCAUAUAUGAGCUGUUCACAACGGAAGCAUCUCACCUGCGGACUCUCAGGGUUCUCGAUCAGGUGUUCUUCCAGAAGAUGAGGAACCUUUUGACCAUAGAAGAACUUUCCUGUAUCUUCCCCAACCUGCCCCAGGUCUACAGUCUUCAUGCGAAUCUGUGUGAGUCCAUGAAGAGGCUGAGGGACUCUCCUAUAGUUCAAGGCAUCGGAGACAUCAUGGUGUCUAGAUUUGAAGACGCUGCAGGAGAGGAGUUCCAGGAGCAGGUGUCUCACCUGUGCAGUCAGCAGAGUCAGGCACUGGAGCUCAUUAAAAAUAAACGCAAAGACCCGCGUUUCGCGCACCUUAUACAGGAAUGUGAAGCCAGCCCUCACUGCCGCCGACUACAAUUAAAGGACCUUCUAGUGUCUGAGAUGCAGAGACUCACCAAAUACCCCUUGCUGCUGGAUAACAUCAUCAGACACACAGAAGCUGGUUCUCCAGACCUGCAGCCAUUGCUGAGGGCACAGGUGUGCUGCCGUGGGAUACUACGAGCUGUCAAUGAGGUCGUCAGGGAGACAGAGCACCGGCAACUGCUCAGCCAUUAUCAGCGCAGGCUAGACUUGUCCCCUCUGGAGAGGCAGGCCAGUCCUGUCGCUGCUCAGUUCAAGAAUCUGGACCUGACCACUAAGAAAAUGAUCCACGAAGGACCGUUGACUUGGAAAGUUAGUAAAGAUAAAGCUAUAGACAUUCAUGCUCUGCUUCUCUCAGACCUGUUGGUGCUACUCCAAAGGGGUCCAGAUGACCGUUUGAUCUUGCGAUGUCCAGCGCGCUCACUGGGUGGGGUUGGGGGUGGGAACACAGACCUCAAAACCCCCUUUUGCCCCGUUGUUCGCUUGGAUUCAUCUCUUGUCAGAUCUGUGGCUACAGAUAACAAGGCCUUGUAUGUGAUCAGUACAUCAGAGAGACAGAUAUACGAGCUGGUGGCUGGGACUUCCUCUGAGAAAAACAUAUGGAAGAACCUGUUAGAAAAGACCAUCUCCUCGGCCUCUGGAGGCAUUGAAGCCACCAAGCAAGGAUCAACAGCUCCGUCUGCGGUUCUACGGUUGCAUGGUAAUCAUGUCGGUCGUCUAGAUGGCUCCCUAACAGAAGAGUCUGGUUCUAUAGAGAGAGAUUCACAGAGUGAUGAUGAAGAAAAUGUUCUCACACCUACUAUCCCAACUGACCAAUCAGAAGCCUACAUGCAUACUGGUGGGCAGGGUUAUGUGGGAGGACAAGCUAAAGUGGCUGAUGCUGCUCUUGAAGAUGUCAAGACACUAAGACUGUUGAUCCUUGGAGAUCUUGAAGAUGGGUGGAGUCAGGAUUCUGAUGACACGCCUACAAAUGAGACAGCCAAUGAAAGGAAUCCAUUCAGAGAUCGACCAGGAAUAGAGACUGCUGAACCUAGCUCCGAUGAAACAUACAGACAGUUGGUGGAAGAUCAAGUAGAUGCUCCGCCUGUAGAGGUUGUGAGGAAAGCUAUGGGUGCGGGCUCUUCUUCUAUUCCUGAUGACAUGUUUGAUGUCACCUGCAAUCAGUCUUCUGAGUCAAAAGGGAACACAUUCUAUCUAGUGUUACCCAAAGACCAGAUGAGCCUACUAACAGAAGAGAGCAGCACAGAUGAUUCAAGUGCUUUAGAGGCUGCCAGUCAGAAGCAGAAAGUGACAUCAUUGUCCUCACAGCAAGAAGGGCAGGAGAUGCCUUGCCAGUCACCAAAAGGCCAUGCACACCUGGAGAUGCUGAGUCAUGAAACAAGGCCCUGCCAAUCACGAGCAAGCAUACGGCAGCGCAUGAUAAAAAAUGUGGAUGGAAUCUUUCAAACAAUGGAGGGGCUGAUGAAAAAGCUGCAUCAGCUUAGGGAGAUUGAAGCAGACCACUGUAGACUGCUCACAAUGGUGAGAAAAAAGUCACCUGUCAGUCAGAGUUCAGAUGACACCAUCCAUGGGUCUUCCUCCAUUAUCAGGACACCAUCUAUUUAUCUUGGGUCGAGUGAUGGUAACGAAGAAGGGCCAACAGAACCAGCUCAGCCGGAGAUCCAUUCUACAGGAUUCUGAUUUAUUACACGAGACAUGGUAAAGCUAAAGUUGGAACAAGGGAACUGAGGUGACAGUUUAAAAAAAAAAAAAAAAAAAAAAGUCAAUGAAGAUGGAGAAAUGGAACUAAAAUGAGACUGAAAAUGUAUGGCUGAGGAAAUGAAUCUGCCCACUGAAGGGACCCCCCCCCCCCAAGCACUUUACCCAAUAUAUGUAUGUUAAUACUCACUCACGUUAUCAGUGACAAACUGGCAACCCAACAGGUGCCAUUCUGCUCGAGGACCCAUAAUGAGCCCAUGUCAACUUGAGCCAAGAUGGUGGUCUUCAUCUCUCUUUGCCUUAUGGAAUGUGUGGAUGGGUGACUUAAACAAAUUCAGGUUCUUUUGCACUGGGACCCCUGCAAGACACAUGGGCUCCAACAGAGUAUGUUGCAUUAAUAUCAUCAUAUGUCUAUGUUGUAUCCUUUAUUUUCUAAAGUAACACUAUGCGAGAGCAAAGAAUAAAGAGUGUGGAAGGAGUUUAUUUUAUUUCUUUAAGCGUUCUACAGAAUAGAAAAUAAAGGUUUGGCCUCUUUUUACGCACAAUGGAUAAGGCAGGGCUUACUGGGAUUGCCAUUGUGUUGUGGCAAGACAUCACCUUCACUACUCAUUACUGUAUACUUAUUUGUGCAGCCCUGUUCUGGACUGACUCCUGUCAACAUUGCAGGGGACAAAAAGGAACAUAUUUGUUGUCUGAUAUCAUGUCAUUACCUAUGAAGAGGCACAUUCUGUGUAGUGUAAAUACUGUGAAGCUCGUCCCUCACCUCUUGAAAUGGCUCAGUGAUGCCAGGGUUGGUUUUUGACAAAUAUGAAAGGAUUUGUACUUUGAUCUGUUAAGAUGUUGGUAGAAGUGGCUCCUUUACACUGACUCCAGUUUGGCCUUUGUUGUAUAAUGGCUAAUGUUAUGGUUCAAAAAAGAAUGAAAUUGUCCAAGAUCAGUGUUAAGGACCAGGUUGUACCUUAAUCUAGCUGCAUCUGGAUGCUAAUAGCCUAAUGCUAGAUUAUGCCAUCACAUUUCCCUUUUAUAAACUAACCUGUAAAAGGGAGAAGGAAGAAUGGCCCUCUAUUCUGUGUGGCUUUCCCACUCCAUGUGUUGGGACUGUUUUGAGGGUCAUUGGUGUAACUGGAUUUUGGGGUGAAUGUUUGUAACUACUGUGUAACUCAGGUGGAGAAAUGUAGACCCUACUUCUCUUUUUUUAGCUUUAACCUAAACACCUUUCUUUUUAAGGCCUUUUUAAAAUUUAGCUUAACUUUUUAUUUUAUUUUAUCUUAUCCCCAUGUGUCUUUCCAUUGUUUUUUCAUCUCCACACAUGUUCAUCCUUUUUGUAAAAUGCACAAGAAAGGAAAACAAACAAACUACUGUCUGCAUGUCAUGCUUUAUUUUUUGUUCUCAGUUUUGUUCAAUCAUGUAAUAUAGACAAUGCACCAUUUGUUUUAUAUUUUCAUUUUAUGUAAAGUGCUAGUUACUUUGAUUUUAUUUUUGUAGAUAUGGGAAAACAUGUAAAUUAUUUUCUUUCUAAAUGGCGAGAUUGUUAGCUGCACAGAAGGAAAAUGUAAACCCAUGUUCAAAUCUCUUUUGUGACAAUAAAAAAGUUUUAAAAACAA